AUGCUCGCGUUCAAAGACAACUGGAACGACCCUUUAAUACCUCAAACAUGGACUUUCGGAUGCUUGACACUUCUUAUUGACGCUGAUGAAACACAUCAGAAACAGCAAGAUAUGAAUUUGACGGACAACCAGUCCCGGAGGUUGAACCCCACUGACAGAAUACUGUUUGGCCGUCUGGUUACCAAACGUCUGGAACGGCAUAUCGGUGAUCGACUACCAGCUCGAGUUACGAGGGUACUGCACAAAACCAUCGCACUAGUCGGACCACUAGUGACAUGCAGCGAGUGUCAGUAUCCCCGAUCCGUCACCAUAAUGGGCGCCAACGGAAAAUACGGUCUUUGCCUCGGCGAGUAUGCCAACGAGAAGCAUAAGGAAAAACACGUUAAUAAAGGAGUCUCAAAAACAUAA